AUGGCGGGUGAAGGGACAAGGACUGAAAAUGGGAAACUUGCUAUGGACAUGGAUUCUUUCGGAGGAGUGGAAGUAUCAGGGAGUGUCCCGGAACCCAGGGAGGCUCCUUGUGAGGGCUCCAGCUUGGAAAGGCAGCCAACCAAGCCCCAGGAGAAGACUGAAUUUCAGUGCUCACAAGGUGGAGGAAAUUUCAUUCAGCACCGAGACCUGACUAAACAGGAAGGUGUACACACGGAGGGAAAGCUUGAGCCUCAAGUCCAUCAGAGCCCUCUGACCGGACAUCUGGAAGUCACUAGAGAGAAAGGUCUUCAGUAUCAAGAGUGUGGGAAGGCUUUUCAGAGACGUUGUCAGAAGCUGUAUCAGUGCAAGGAGUGUGGGAAAGUCUUUAGCCGGAAUACUGGCCUUCUGGAACACCUGAGAAUCCAUACUGGAGGGAAACCUUUUCUGUGUAUCCACCAUGGAAAGAACUUUCAACGCAGGUCUCACCUUAAUCACCACCAGAGAAUUCAGUCAGGGGGAGCCUGUGAGUGCAAGCAGCAUGGGAAAAUUUUCAGUCAUGCCCUUUUUCUCACGUACCAUCAGAGCAUCCACAGUCACUCCAAAAGCCACCUGUGUAACGAGUGUGGGAAAGCCUUCAGCCUGACCUCCAAUCUCAUUUAACAUCACCAGGUUCACACUGGAGAAAACCUGUUCAAGUGUGGCAUACGCCAGAAGGCCUUCUGGUGGAUUUCAUACCUCGCUCAGCAUGGAAAGAUUCACAACAAGGAAAAACCCUAUGAGUGUAUUGAAUGUGGGAAGACCGUCAGGCAGGAGUCGGGUCUUUUUCAAUAUCAAGGCUAUCACCACAAAGACAAACUGGCUUGA